AUGAUGUCACCAGACAUUAGCAUAGUCAACUUCUACUCAGAAACUGGAAGACUCGGUCUCCAUCAGGACCGUGACGAAAGCGGAGAGAGCAUAAGAAAAGGGAUGCCGAUUGUGCCAUUCUCCAUAGGUGAUACUGCAGAGUUUCUUUACGGAGAAGAGAGAGACGUUGAGAAAGCUGAACAAGUGGAAUUAGAAUCUGGAGAUGUGUUGAUAUUUGGCGGUGAGUCUCGGAUGAUCUUCCAUGGGGUCAAGUCCAUUAUACCAAACUCAGCUCCCAUGUCUCUACUCAAUGACUCCAACCUCCGAACAGGACGUCUCAACCUUACUCUUAGGCAUUUCUAA